AUGAUUGAAUAUUUUCUUACCUCACAUAAUAUUUUUGGUUAUGUUGAUGGAACUAUUCCAUGCCCGGAACAGAAAGUUACAGUUGAAGCCGCUACAACCAACAACCGUAGUUAUACCCCGUGGAUCUCCAACGAUGCUCAUAUUCGGACCCUCGUCAUAUCCGCCAUAUCUGAAGAUUCCUACCAACAUGUUCAAGGUAAGACUUCUCAUGAGGUUUGGUUCUCACUGGAACGGGCUUAUGUGCCUGUCACUGCAUCUCAUGAAUUUACUCUAAAAAAUCAACGACUCAGAAUAACUCAAAAAGGUGAUGAAAAACUGGCAGACUACCUUUGUAGGGCACAAGAAUAUGCAACAACCCCGGCUAAUAUUGGAGAACCAGUAAAAGACAAAGUUCUCGUUAUGUUAACUCUUGCAGGGCUUUGA